AUUGGAUGAGAAAUGUCCCAAAUAUUGAAAGCGAUAAGAGUUUGUUGUUGAAGGGGCGGUCUUCGAGAUCUGCGGUUUUAUGUUUCACUGGGCGUAUGAUUAUCAUCAUCAGUUCUGUUCUCGCUAAAUGAUUCAGUCGUUUUAGAUUCGUCCAUCGUUCAUCAUAUAUCCAAGAUGAGCAGAAGUGGUUUUUUUUCUGUCCUACUAUUUAUUCUCGAUAUUAUAUAUAAUGAUGUGACAGCAAGUAAGAGUUGCAACGAUGUUGAGAGCAAAUCAACUAUGUUGCAACUGAAGAGGUAUCUCCUCUGCGAAUACGACUUCGACGUAAGGCCGGUUCAGACCAACAAUAAUAUGACGCAGGUGACGUUCCGAAUGAUACCGCACUUUCUUCGCUAUAAUAAUGAAGAAGAACUCUUCGAGCUACAUGCAUGGAUAGCAAUGAAAUGGCAUGAUUCACAUUUAACAUGGGAUCCUGAAAAAAACGAUAAUAUUCAGUCGAUAUCUGUAUCAGCCGAUCAAAUUUGGGUUCCGGACAUUUUAAUACAUAACGAACGAAUUGGAGAAAGCUCAUUGGGUUAUACUCAGAUGAAAUGUUCGAUCAAGAAAGACGGAACAAUUCAAUCGUUAAUGCCAGCAAAAUAUACUACAUAUUGUUUCGCAGAUAAUACGUGGUGGCCAUAUAACACCAUGAACUGCACCAUACAAAUCGGAUCGUGGUCGCAUUCCGGUGACGAGAUCGAACUUGUUCCUUUACAAAACAUGUCAUUACAAUUAAAUUCCGAAGAUGUUGAGUGGGAUUUAUUGAAAAUGUACGUAACAAAAUGGGAAAGCAGAUAUAAAUAUAAUUCAGGUUCCACAGCUAAAAUGCUUUCUUAUCAUUUUAUUCUAAGAAGGCAUUGGGGCAUCAUAAACAUUGCAUAUAUAUCGCCUACUAUAGUGCUAAUGGUGACAACUCUGACAGCAUUGUGGCUAGAACCGAAAUCUUUCGAGCGGAUGAUGAUUGCUAUUCUCAGUUUCAUUUGUCACUUAUUAUGUAUACAAGACGUACAUUGGGAAGUGCCGAAAAGUGGCUCCAACGUUCCUAAACUAAUCAUCUUUUACGAGAGCUCUUUCGCGAUAGCAUCGUUUACUCUCAUCCUUACCAGUAUCCUGAGACACUUGCAAAAAUUGACCACCGAACCGCCCACAUGGAUCUCAGUCGGCACGACAUCCAUAUUGCGCAGUCGAAUUGGACAGAUUCUUUUAGUCAGCAUUCUAGAUCCAGCCGUAACGGCAAAAAUAGAAAUUGACGCAGACGACAAUACUGAUCUUGUACAAUCAAGUAACAAGAAAUCGCCAUGGAGAUAUGUCAUAGUACUUGUAGGAUGGUUUGCAUUUCUAAGCGUGCUCCUCGCCUAUAUCGUACUGCUAAGCACGUGCUUUCCUACAUAUUAUACUGUGAUACAAUAAGGUCUUAAUGUACAGCCUAAUUAUAUAUGUUUGAAUAUUAUAAUUGUUUAUUAAAGAAAUGUUUUUUUUUAUAUUUUGUUAAGUAGCAUAAUUAUUUCUCAUAUAAUAAAAAUGUAUAAAACAAGUA